UAAAAAGAUAGUCCAACCUCAAGUUUUAAAAGAUAUCCAAGAGGCCGAGAGAUGACUGGUUCCAGUGCCAGUUUGUGGGAAGAGAUGCAAAGAAUAUUCUUGAAAGAAAGUUCAACUUCCUCUUGGUAAGCCAAAGCCAUCAUGUGAACGGAAGCUAUGUGCAAGUUUGGGCAGAGACGGUGAAUGUACUGGAACAUAUCAGAAGACUGCAAGUUCACAUAGGGCCAUCGAGUCGGCCAUUCACUACAAACUCGAAGGAUUGUCUUUUGCAGACAUCUCCAACGCAUGUAGUUACACAGCAUCCCGAUUUCUGGUAGCCAGUUCUGGAAGCCAAAUCGCAGUCCAUGCUGCCAUUACAUAUCAUGGCGUAAGAUACUACCUUUUUAUCACGUCUCUUCAAACAUGAAAUAUAUACCAGGACCAAAAGAGGCUAUCCUGUAUUGCAAUGGAAUAGCAACCAUAUCAAAAUGCAAGUCUGGUCCGGCCCGUCGGCACUGGCCCAAGCUCUGACAAGAACAAGCAUUCCCCAAGUGGGACCCCAAGUGGAGCACCAACCCGACACCACCGUCAUCCCUGUCGAAUUGGACCUCCGAACGUGGUGAUCUCUGGAACCACUCCGAGGCCCCCGACACGCGUGGUGGCUCCGCAACAAAAAAAAGUGUUGAGCCCGCUUUUCUGUCGCCAUUUUUUUCUCUGUCUUCUCUUCCGUCUUUUCGUCUGUUCUUUCUCAUUGGAAUUGGAACCCAUAUUAUAACAAUUGGCACACCACCAAGCAUGGCGGCCGAACUCUCCCUCAAGCUCACCAACAGGGUGCCCAAAAAACCCAUCAAGAAGCUCGCCCCCUCGGUCGAGCUCCCCCGCGACGCCACCGUCGAGGACGCCAAAAAGAUUGUCGCCCGGGCCUCUGGCUUCUCCGACUUCAACCGCAUCGGUCUCUUCAACCCCGCCGACGGCAAGAUCCUCAAGGACCGCAAGGCUCUGAUUCGCAAUGAGGAGGGUGUCAUCAAGGCCGGCGAGUUGGUCGUCAAGGACCUUGGUCCUCAAGUAGCCUGGCGCACCGUCUUCGUAAUCGAAUACUUCGGUCCCAUCCUCUUCCACGCCUUCAUCCCCCUCAUCCGUCCCUACCUCUACUCCAUCUUCCCCGGCCAGUUCAAGUACAUCUCCGAGUCCGCCACGCCCAUCACAAAGGUCCAAUGGCUCCUCUUCGCCCUCUUCCACAUCCACUUCCUCAAGCGCGAGUACGAGACCCUCUUCGUCCACAAGUUCUCGGCCAACACCAUGCCCGCCCGCAACAUCGUCCGCAACUCGGCCUUUUACUGGAUCAUGGCCGGCCUCCUCUGCGCUCUCGACAUCUACGCCCCUGGCAACCUCUCUGCCCGUGACGAGCUCGUCCCCCUGGACUAUUUCGGCUUGGCCUUGUUCACGUUUGGUGAGGUUUGCAACUGGAUUGUGCACCAGCACUUGGCUAGCUUGCGCAAGCCAGGUGGAACGGAAAAGGGCAUCCCGAAUUGUAUCGGGAGCAACUUGGUCACGAGCCCGAAUUACAUGUUUGAGGUUACGGCUUGGGUGGGUGUCAUCUUGAUCAGCAGGAGCUGGGCGGUGGUGGUGUUUAUCUGCACGGGGAUUAUUUACAUGAGGGAUUGGUCGAGGGGGAAGGAGAAGGCGUUGAGGAAGGAGUUUGGGGACCGGUAUAAGAACAAGAGGUACACCAUGUUGCCUGGCCUUAUUUAGGUGACUGGUAGAAGGAUGUUUGUGGGAAAAUUGCUGUUGUAGGAUGAGGUGUAAAAGAGAAGGAGGAAAAAAUGAGAAGUGAAGUGUGAGAAUGGAUAGAUAGCCCACUGUUUUGGCUGAUUUUUAUAUAAUUCAAAUCCUUACCCC